UGACGUAGGAAAAUGCGCCUUGCGUUUUUCGCAUUCGCGAAUCUCGCGAUUGUAGCAGGUGUGAGCCUCGCUACCCGCCGUAGUUCCUGACCGAGGUGAGAAUGGCACUCUGGAUGUGGCUCCGGUGCCUUUUCGGGCCCAAUUUACAACGGAUCCACCGCUCACCGGACCAGACACGAGCUGACGGCAGAGCGAGUCGAAGGGGCUGGAAUUAUCAGCCCCAAGGUUUGGAAAGACACACAAACAGCAUCCUCGGUUGGGCAUCUGUACUGUGGUCUCUGUCAUACUACAGUUCUCCAUUGCUCCUCUGCUAUCUCUACAGGAAAGGGUACAUCUGCAGUAGUAAACUGGUUCCUCUCAGUCAGUAUGUUGGCACAGCGCUGGUCUGUCUCCUGGGAGUAGCCUGUUUGAGAGGGUUGGGCCGCUGGAGAAACCCAGAGUACAUUCAGUUCAUCACUAUCCUGGAAGAGACCAGAAAGAACAACACACCCAGCAACAAGAAAAAACUGGCAUCCUUCGACUUUGACUUCAAACACUGGCCUGCAGAUUUCAGCUGGAAGGAAGUCAGUAGUCCGAAGUUGUCAAAAGGUGGUGUGUCGCUGCUAAGACCAGAACCCAAACACAGAGGCACAGCAGACAGUGUGCUGAGUUCAGUCCGCACGCUGCCAUGCCACGUCUUAAGUUAUCUGAUAGCUCAUUCGUUUGGUCGGAGAAUGCUGUAUCCAGGCUCUGUGGGUUUGCUGCAGAAGGCCAUGAGACCCAUGCUACAGCAGGGCCUAGCUAGGCUUGUAGAAGAGUACGACGGUCAACGGAACAAAUUGGUGGCUUGUGAUGGGAAUGAGAUCGACACAAUGUUUGUGGACCGAAGGAAAGAGGGAGGGCCAAACGGUAAAACUUUGGUGAUCUGCUGUGAGGGAAACGCAGGGUUUUAUGAGGUCGGCUGCAUGAACACACCACUGGAUGGUGGAUAUUCAGUGUUGGGUUGGAAUCACCCAGGAUUUGGCGGGAGUACAGGAGUUCCAUUUCCUCAAAAUGAGGCCAACGCGAUGGAUGUUGUCAUUCAGUUUGCCGUUCACAAGCUGGGUUUUCAGUUGAACGACAUUGUUGUGUACGCCUGGUCAAUAGGAGGAUUUACAGCCUGCUGGGCUGUGAUGUCAUACCUCGAGAUCCAGGGUCUGGUUCUAGAUGCUUCAUUUGAUGACCUCUUACCACUUGCCCUGAAGGUCAUGCCAGACAGUUGGAGACCUUUGGUGACUCACACAGUGAGGCAGUACGUGAACUUAAACAAUGCAGAUCAGCUUUGCAAGUAUCAGGGCCCUGUGUUACUGAUCAGAAGAACUAAAGAUGAAAUCAUCACAACUACGGGUCCUGAAGACAUCAUGUCCAACAGAGGAAAUGAUCUGUUGCUCAAACUACUCCAGUACAGGUAUCCUAAGGUCAUGACAGAUGAAUCUAUAAGAGCAGUGAGGCAUUGGCUUGCAGCUGGGACACAAAUAGAAGGAGAAUCCGUGUACACCAGUUUUGAGGUGGAUGAUGAUUGGUGCUUAUCUGUGCUGCAGUCCUAUCAGUCAGAGAGUGAGACUCUGUUUCCCUGGAGUGUUGGUGAGGACAUGACAUUGGAGGGGAGAAGACAGCUCGCUCUAUUUCUGGCACGAAAACACAUGAGAAAUUUUGAGACGACACAUUGCACUCCACUACCCAUCACUGAGUUCCAGCGUCCUUGGAGACCUUAGAGCAGGAAUGUCCAAAUCAGUUCAUGGAGUGUCAGUGUCCUGUAGAGUUUAGAUCUGACCUUAAUCAAACACACCUGAUCCAGCUAAUCAAGGUCUUCAGGAUUACUAGAAAUGUCUGGGCAGGUGUGUUGGAGCUGGUUGGAGCUGAACUCUCCAGGUCACCAGCCCUUCAGGAACUGAGUUUGACACCUGUGCAAUACAGAAAGACGACCAAUGAGAUACAGAAGAGAGUGCUUGAGAACAGAGGAUAAAGGGAAUCACACACCGGUACAUUUGAGUCAAGAACAAAGCAGGGAAGCAUUAAGUUGCGACAAAGGCAAAAGUUUGUUUUCUGUAUACAUUUAAGGAGAUUUUUAAAUUAUUGGAUGGCCUAUUUAAUGGUUGAGGGUUGGAAGUUGAUGCUCAGUUUUGUUAUCUUGAUGUUAGUUUCAGUGAUAAGGACUCAUCUCUCUUUGAUUAUGUUUGUGCAUUUUUAUCCUCUAUUUUGUGAGCAUUGUAAUUAUGAAUAUGAAAAUGUAUCGUAAAACGUCAUGAAUGUUAUAUUGCAUAUUAAUAUUAAAUUAGGGAUGCUGUUU